AUGGAGAGAACUCGUUCACACUCUCGCGGUCGUCCUACCGACGCAGACAAGAAACGGUACGAGGACGAGUCCAUGACUCGCGAAAGCUCUGUCGGCGAAUGCGACCUCAUCUGCCCCCAGCCUACCAAGGUCCAACCUUGGAAGCAGGCUCUCCAAGUUGAGAAAGACUCUGGAACCAACCCCCUUCUUAACUGGGAGCCUAACGCUAUGGACUUUGGUGAGAAGCCUUGGCUCAAGAUUGACUGGUCCAAGAUUGAAGGGACUGGACCUGGAGGAGUUCGUAGCAAAUCUCCCGAUCAGAUGUGUGGCUAUUCUGUUGGAAACCUCAAGCUUCGAUGUGUCAAAGCGCACGUCUCGGCUUGGUCCUUGAACGCCACGGAUGUCAGCAAGCGCCCAACUCUGGCCAUCCUUGUCCGUGCGGGGUGA